CACGCUUUCAGCCAAUCACGCGCCGAGAAGGGAGGAGUUUCUCCGGAGUGUCAUGGCGGCCUCCAGGAUUGCUUGACAGCUCUCUGUCCGGGGUCAUCGCGGCGGGCUGUAACCGGGGGAAAGACACAGAGAGCAGAAAUGGGGACGGUGCACGCCCGGAGCCUGGAUCCUCUCCCUAUGGAUGGACCAGAUUUUGGAUCAGAUGACGCUGAUCUGGUGGAAGUGGGAGCCGGAGAAGAAGCAGGAAAUCUUAGAAAAUAAAGAUAUGACGACGCUCUCCCCAACGGCCUGGAUGUCACCUUUGAGGUCACAGAGUUAAGAAGGUUAACCGGAAGUUAUAACACCAUGGUCGGCAACAAUGAAGGCAGCAUGGUUCUCGGAGUCAAACUACCCAACCUGUUCGGCCGCGCAGAGAAAAUGACCUUCCAGUUCUCCUAUGGGACCAAGGAGACGUCUUACGGCCUGUCCUUCUUUAAGCCGCAAGUCGGGAACUUUGAGAGGAACUUCUGCUUCAACAUUUAUAAAGUCACCGGUCAGUUCCCCUGGAGCUCGCUGCGAGAGACCGACCGCGGGGUGUCUACAGAAAUCAAUUUUCCAAUAUGGAAAACCAACCACACCUUGAAGUGGGAAGGAGUCUGGAGAGAACUUGGUUGUUUAGCCAGAACAGCAUCAUUCGCCAUUCGGGAAGAAAGCGGGCACUCCCUCAAGUCUUCUCUCUCCCAUUCAAUGGUGAUUGAUUCCCGCAACUCUACAAUCCUGCCAAAGAGAGGCGCCUUACUGAAGAUCAACCAGGAGCUGGCCGGAUACACUGGUGGGGACGUCAGCUUCUUAAAGGAAGAUUUUGAGCUACAAGUUAACAAGAAGCUAGCAUGGGACUCGGUGCUGUCCACUUCCCUCUGGGGCGGCAUGCUGGUCCCGAUCGGAGAUAAACCGUCCAGUAUUGCAGAUCGGUUUUAUUUGGGAGGACCAACAAGUGUGCGGGGGUUCAGUAUGUACAGCAUCGGACCCCAGAGCGAAGGUGACUAUCUUGGUGGUGAAGCAUACUGGGCGGGAGGUGUCCAUCUUUACACCCCACUCCCCUUCCGUCCUGGCCGUGGCGGUUUUGGUGACCUCUUCAGGACACAUUUCUUCCUUAAUGCUGGAAACCUCUGCAACCUGAACUAUGGUGAAGGCCCCAGAGCUCACAUUCGCAGGUUGGCGGAGUGUAUCCGCUGGUCCUAUGGUGCGGGCAUCGUGCUCCGACUCGGAAACAUUGCAAGACUGGAAUUAAAUUACUGCAUCCCCAUGGGAGUCCAGAGCGGAGACAGGAUAUGUGACGGCGUGCAGUUCGGGGCUGGAAUCCGCUUCCUCUAACUCUCUGUUCUCAGCCAAACAACAGCAGAAAUCAAUCAUUUUGCAAUUUUAAAAUCUGACAUUUGGUUUUUCUUCCUUUUCAUAAAUUUCUGGUGUACACUAUAUUAUACGCACAGGUUUAUUGCAACAGCCGGACUAUACAAAAAUAAACCAAAAAACAUCCGGAAUAA